AUGCAGCCACUACGACCAGCCGCCGUCCGGGCUACUGUGCGGAUCGCAUCUGCUCCGCCACCACGAAGCUCUCGCCCUUUCAUCUGCCACAGCUGCCGCAAAAGCUCGAUAACCUCCACAGCCUCCCGCACCUUCACCACCACCCCUUCCCUGACAAAAAAGUCCUCCUCCAACCCCAAAUCCGCGCGCAAGACGCCCAAAGUCGACUCACCAGCCGUCGACACACACAUCCCCAACAACGCAGCCACCCGCAACAAGGAUGCCGCCAUCGACCCGCACGACCUCAGCGAGCUCGAAACCGGCAUAGCCAAAGCGCUCGACCGGCUCCGAGCCGCGUUGGUCAAGACGAAAGAUGCGGGGCGUGUCACGCCCGAGAACCUGGAGGCUCUUCCUGUGGAGCUCGCUGAGAAGGAAGUUUCCGCAUCAGGGAAGGAGAAGACGGUCCACCAGAAACAAAGUGUAAGGUUAGGGGAUAUUGCGAGUGUAGCGCCGAAGGGCGGACGGACGUUGCAGGUUUUCGCGAGCGAUGAGGCACACCUCAAGUCGUUACUAAGCGCGAUUUCUGCGUCGACGUAUAGCCUCACGCCUCAACCUCCGAGAGCAGACGCGGCAAAUCCGCUGUGUAUAACGGUCCCGAUACCGCCGGUGACGACGGAGACACGGCAGCAAGCAGCCUCGGAAUGCAAGAAGUGUCUUGAGAAGGCGACGGGCGAAAUACGAUUGGCACGUGGUGAGGCACAGAAGCGGUUCCGGCGGAUGGAGAUUGAGAAGUUGGUUGGGCCGGACGACAUCAGGAAGGCGCAGAAGUCGAUGGAGGAGGUGGUGCGCAAGGCGAACGCGGAUGCGAAGGACGUGGUGGAUCGGGCGGCUGCGGCUGCUCUGAAGGGGUAG